GCAGAGACCAUGAGGUUUAUCUUUAUUGGCUUAAUUGCCCUCUGCAUGCUGAUGAAUGCAUUAACAGAUGCCCGGCCAGUACAGCAUAAAGACGACCCAUAUGAGGAACCUGCAGCCCUGCCAUAUUGGCCUUUCUGGUCCAGUGAUUUUUGGUCAUAUGUGGAGUAUUUCCGGACCCGGGGAGCAUACAACAGAAUCAACAAAAUGGCCAGAACCCUGUUUGCUCAAUACCCUUUUGGAAAUAACCUUGGUUAUGAUGUUCCCUACCAUGAGCACUAAUGAUUUUGCUCAUUUUACUAAAGCUAGUGCUGAGACCUUUAAAGGAAUUUACUGCUGCUAGUAAACAUGCCUGAAUUGCCCAUUCAGUCUAUCUUGUUUCAAUGUUUUUAAACAUAUUGUAUAGCAUUUCCAUGUUUGUAAAACGGCAGA